AUGGAAAGACACUUUGCACAAAGAGAACUCGAUGGGCGGUUGGAUGCUCAACUCGGACGACCUCAGCCUGUUGAAGGAGAAGUACAAGAAGAUGGAAUAAAUGCUCAACCAGCGGUUGUACUAGAGAAUGAAGAUGGUCAACCUACGGCUAUCUUGAAUUUAAAUCUUGAUUACAAAUAUUUACCGAGCUACUUUUCCUUAGUCUUUUCUGUCAUUGGUGGAUAUCUUUUCAUUUCAUACGCUUUAGCCACACUUGUCGGAUAUCUGUUGAAUUUCAUUUAUUUUAGAGUUGUGAUUAUAAUGCUGAAUGGAGUAAUAGUGUCAGCAGAGAGGUUAAAUAUCCCAGAAUACAAUCAAAAGCUUAUAGAAACUUUUUCUUUGGUAUCCUACGUUGAAAAUUGGAUUAAUGGGACAGUUUUAAUGCCAAUAGUAUCGUACUAUCAGGGAUACAUGAAAGGCACAGCAAAACAUACGAUGCUGGUACGAAUGUUGGCGCCAGCCAGUACAUAUGCGACUUUCAUAGUUCUUUGUUGCUGUAUACCAGAACUGUUAUCUAGAGGGCAUUCCAAGAAGCUACCUCUAAAGAAUUCUUUGAAAAGAACGAUUUUCAAGUUUUCCUAUAUCAUCAAGUGCACAUUGAAAGUGCUAGGGUUGUUUACACUUGAACUUGCCGGAUUUCCGAUUUUAGCGGGGUUUUUGAUUGAUGUGUCACUGAUCUCACCGCUAUUAUUACCACAGAGCAGCUUGACUUUCGUACCGAGUUUUUGUUCCUUUUGGCCGCCUAUGACAUUUAUUAUUUAUUGGGCGAUUGGUACUGUUUAUAUGUAUCAUUUUGCUCAAUAUGUCGGCAUGGUAAGACAAUAUAUUAUCAGACCGGGUGUUCUUUUCUUCAUAAGAUCACCAGAUGAUCCUAAUAUUAAGCUAUUACAGGAUUCUUUGAUAUACCCAAUGAAACUUCAACUCUCCAGACUUGCAUUGUCGAUGGCAAUCUAUACAGCAUUCAUUUUAGUAGGUUUUGGAUUUCAUACGAGACUUUUGUUUCCUUACAUUUUACAUUCGGAACUUUUACCUAUGAAGCAUGGAUUGUCAACUCUCAUAAAACCAAAUUCUAUGUUUUCUAUUGCAGUCAUUGCUGGAACGUAUCUCAUUCUCUCGAAGAAUAGAGUUAUUGAUGCUUAUGUUAGACAAUAUUGGGUCUUUGUAUUCAAUAUAUGCUGCAGAAAACUAAGACUUUCCUCUUUCAUCUUAGGAAAAGAUUCACCAACUGAGAGAGGACAUGUUAUUUAUAGGAACUUUUACUAUAAAUGGUUCGUCCCAAACAAGGCAAAACUGUCCAACCUAGAAUUAUACUCUCAUCCAAAAUCGCUCGAUGAAACCUAUACUCUUUUCAAAACUAUUCCUGAUGUUCACGCAUAUUUUGUCCCCGAUGGCACCAUGAUGCGCGUACCUGCGAGCGACAUAAUAUCAAAAAAAUAUGCACAAUUGUUGUUCGUCCCAGUUACUAAGGAUGACAAACUUCUAAAGCCAUUGGAUAUCGAAAAAAUCAAAGAAAGACAGAAACGAAAUGCCGGAGAAUUUGGCUACCUAGAAAAACAGCCCACGGAAUUUGAUGAAUAUAAGGUAGUUUAUGUCCCUCCGCAUUUUACUUUCACUUAUUCGCUGUUAAUUGUCUUCAUAUGGAUCUUUGCUUCCCUUUUGUUUACUGCUGUGUUAUUAAUCUCAAAUUUUGCUGGGCUUCCCAUUAUCACUGGAUUGCAAUUAUUGUUGAAUGCGGUUAUCCCCCCAGCAAUGAAAUUUCAAAAUGAACUCUAUGAAAGUGUAAAACCAUUAAAUCUUCUUUCCGUUUCUUCUGGUAUGAUACUUUUGUCUCUCGCUUUGUCAUCCUACCACGCACAUCUAUUAAAUAAUAUCCAUCUAAAUGACAGAAUAUUGGAGGUUAAUGCCGAACACAAUGGGGAUGUUCCAAAUAACGGUCCAAACGACGAUAAUCAUCAGCAUAUAGUUCACAAUGAUGAUAAUAUUCCCGAAAAUGAUGAAAAUCCAGUAGCCAAUGAAUUUAGAGUACCGGAAAUUGCUGAAGGUGAUGUUUGGAACUUGAUCAAAGGCUUUGUAACAAUGGUGUAUCCAGUCUUUACAUUCUACUUUAUGCCAAUCAUUUUCAAGUUGAAUAUCAAUUAUCAUUCGGUCUUCAUAUUCACCUACUUCAAAGAUUUCUACUGGAAAGGCGACGUUCUCGAAAACACAAGCCCUGAUAUAUCGUUUGUUCCAUUCCUUUCGAACCUCGCAUCAAAAUCAGAAUACAGCGGCUAUUCAGCUUACUCAUUAAUAGCUGCUCUAUUGUUUUGUCAAGUAGCAGCAGUGGCGUACAUCGCGGUACAGUGCAGUUUGAAGCGGAAUAAAACAUUAGGAUUCAGAAGAUUACUCAUUAGGGUCACGGAUAUAUGCUUUGUGUACCUCGUUGCAAUGAUUGCGGUACCUUUUGCUCUGCAAUAUAGUUUUUCUAUGUUUGAAUUCCUUACCCACAAACAAGUUUACACCUCUUCAUGGGCACCAUUUGUUUAUUUCAUUUUCAUACAGCCUUCUGUCUCGGCAGAUCAUUCCCUUAUGACUACAUUUCAAAAGGCAUUCUACUACGUUGAUGUAGUGACGAUUUCCUCGGCGUUCCUAACUGUGAGCUCAAUUUUAUCCAAGUCGCUUUACAAUUCUUUAUCUCAAAGUGUGAGAGACGAAGUGUAUGCAAGAGGAAGGAUACUAAAAAACUUUGAAGAAUAG